GAGAGAGACAACACAGAAUACUUCUGUGGAGGGUGACAGGAGCCCAGAAGUGUAUAUAGAAGAGAUGAGUACAAAAUACAGAAUUCCAGCCUAUUAAAAUAGAAAAUGGGAAAAAAAAUUUUAUUGUAGAGAGAGGAUAUAGGGAGAGAGAGUGGGAGAGAGAGGAGAGAGCACUUUAUUGCCUUUUUUAUGAUGCACGCAUCCAUGGCAGAACACAGGGGUACCGAGUACUGCUACGAUGCAAGGGUAGAAGAGAAGCCCAAUAAACAUUAACCUCAACCAUACAAACAACAACAACAAGGUCCUGAAACAGAGAGGAAAAAGAAAUUGAGAGAGAGAGAGAGAGAGGGGGGGAGAUGGAGCUGCAAUGGAGUUGGAGAGAGGGGGAGUAGAUGUCAUGGAGCUCAAGAAAAAGAGGAAGAACAAGGUUAAGAACAGUCUGCAUAGCUGUUUUGUUGAAAUGGGUCCCUUCUUUCUUUGAGUGUAAGAAGAGAGAUUCAUGGCAUGCAAAUUGCGAUGGUGGGUUUAAAAUCUCAGAUAAAAGAACAAGAAACUACCUUUCUUUUCUAAAUCCGAGCAACUCACUUGAGCUAACCCAUUUCGUCACUCGCACAAAUCUUGGCCUUUUAUUUUUAAUAUUUUCAAAAAAGAAAGCGCUGCUUGGCUUCUCGGUUUCUCUGUAUACAUGAGUGGGAUGCCCUUUCAUUUGCAGGGGAAGGGGGGCUUAGAUAUUGAUAUUGCUGCUUUUGCUUCGAUUUGUUCUAAGAAAAAUACAAGGAAAGAGAAACUACAACAGCACGAAGUUAAUAGCUUCGCAAGCCCAGAGCCCACCUCAGUUCUUCAUAUGAGAAGAAGUCCCAGCCCACCUACAUCGGCUUCAACUCUCUCAUCCUCCUUUAACGGCGGCGGCGGCGGCGGGGGAAACUCCACUGACAAUACCACCACCACCACCACCCCUUCAACCACCACGGCCACAGAAAAAGGGGUGAAACCUGUGAGCAACGAAAGAAAGGAUGAAUGGGCUACGGAGUUGCAGCCAAUCCCGAGCGGACUAGAGAUUGUCUCCACAGGAGAGAGAUGUGGGCUUGGUUUGGAAGACUGGGAGAACAUGCUAUCGGAAACGAACCAGGAACAGUCCUUAUCGAGGUGGAUCGCGGGGGAUGUGGAUGAAUCUUUUGGGCUAAGGCAGCUAUUGCAGGGUGGAAACAAUCCGCCGGAUUUUGAUGGCAAUGGCGUUGGUGGCUUGGGGAUUGUUGAUCAGGGUCCUGGGUUUGAGGGCAUUUGUGGAAUUGCUGGUGGGUUUCCAAGCAUUGGUACUAAUUUGUCUCCUUUUCCUGCUUCUGGGUUCCCUUCAACUAAUAAUAACAGUAAUGGGAAUGGAAAGGUUGGUUCUGGUUUAGUUACUUCUCCCUCUUCUUCUGCUGGGUUGGUUAAUUAUCGAGGUGUUGGAUUGGGAAGCAACAACAACAGUAACUGUAGUAUACAAAACCCAGUUUUUGGUUCUCCAGCUAGCAGUGUUCCUCUUCCGGCUACUUUGCCUACUGGAAUGCUUUAUCAUCAUAAUCUGCAACACCAAAUUGGCGCUCAGGAGGAGAAGCCACUGGUACUUAAUCCACAGAUGUUAAUGAACCAGCAAUAUCCUCACAAUCCACACUGUCAAAAUCCAAACUUUUUCUUGCCAUUGUCUUUUCCCCAGCAAGAAAAUCACCUCCUUCAGCCCCAACAAAAGCGCCACAACUCCGGGGGCAUAGACCCAAUAUCUCAGAUGAUUCCCAAGCUUCAAUUCAACGAUCCCGGGCACGAGAUAUUACUACGAAAACAGCAGCAGCAACACCAACAGCAUCCGGGAUUUCCACAAGGGAUGCAGUUUCUUCAUCCACAUCUUCAACAGAAGCCAUUGGUGGUGAAGAAAGAAGAAGUAGCAGCCCAACACCAGCAACAACAGCACCAAAAUGCGUUGCUGGACCAGCUCUACAAGACAGCUGAGCUGGUAGGGACUGGGAAUUUCUCACACGCGCAAGGGAUAUUGGCGCGGCUCAAUCAACAGCUAUCCCCAAUAGGAAAGCCUCUCCACAGGGCAGCUUUCUACUUCAAGGAGGCUCUGCAACUGCUCCUUCUCAUGAAUAACAACCCAGUCACCGCUCUGCCGUCUAGGAGCCCCUCUCCAUUCGAUGUCAUCUAUAAAAUGGGUGCUUACAAAGUCUUCUCUGAAGUAUCUCCGCUCAUCCAGUUUGUUAACUUCACUUGCAACCAGGCCCUCCUCGAAGCCCUUAGUGAUGCUGAUAGAAUCCAUAUAAUUGACUUCGAUAUUGGUUUUGGUGCUCAAUGGGCUUCUUUUAUGCAGGAACUUCCACGGAAUAGAGGUGCUCCAUCAUUGAAAAUCACUGCCUUUGCCUCUCCUUCAACUCACCAUCCCGUUGAGGUUCUCCUUAUGCGUGAAAACUUAACUCAAUUUGCUAAUGAGGUUGGUAUAAGUUUUGAACUUGAUGUGGUUAACUUUGAUUCCUUGGAGCAAAACUGUUAUUCUCUUUCCAUUUUUCGACCAAGUGAAAAUGAGGCUGUUGCGGUGAAUUUUCCUAUUUGGUCCUCCUCGAACCAACCAUCUGCAUUACCCUCUCUGUUGCGCUUUAUAAAGCAGCUUUCCCCAAAGAUUGUUGUGUCUUUGGAUAGAGGAUGUGAUAGAACUGACCUUCCAUUCCCACAACACAUCCUCCAUGCUCUUCAAUCCUAUAUACACCUAUUGGAAUCGCUGGAUGCUGUUAAUGUGGCUUCUGAUGUUGUGAACAAGAUUGAGAAAUUUCUACUCCAGCCAAGGAUUGAGAGUACUGUGUUGGGACGUCUUCGUGCACCAGAGAAAAUGCCCAAUUGGAAGACAAUCUUUGCUUCUGCUGGGUUUUCACCUGUACCUUUCAGCAACUUUACUGAAACUCAAGCAGAGUGUGUGGUCAAGAGGACUCCAGUGAGGGGGUUUCAUGUGGAGAAGCGCCAAGCCUUGCUUGUGCUAUGUUGGCAGCGCAGAGAGCUGAUCUCAGCUUCCGCUUGGAGGUGCUGAGGAGUGGCAAUUUGACUGGCAGGGGAGGUUGGUUUUCAUCAACUCACAGUUUAUCUGAGGUUUCAACUUAAUCUAAUGUGGUAUUAUGUCAAUAAAAUUUUGAAUAUUGUUGGUGAUGCCUCCUUUGUGACUUAAUAUGAAUUGUCUAGCUUGUGAAUCUCCUUUGCUUGUUGUCUAUUUAGUCAAAGUAGAACAAAACAUCUAACUGGAAAAUCUACUAGGGAAUUAUUUGUUUUGAAAAUGGAUAUUACUAGUAUGGUAUUUUGAUGUUGUUUAUGA